AUGGAAGAGAAAUUUUACUCGGAGGAUAUUAAGUCUGUUAGCUGUGAUUUGGAUGAGGCCAGAUCUUCUAUCCAGAACGAGGUUCUUGAUGUAAAAAGUGACUUGCUAUCGGUGUAUCUUAUGAAUCUUGUUCUUUACAAGGAGAUGGAUUCGGAAGAUAGAAAAGGAAGCCCAGUAGAAGAAAUGUUGAGCAAGACAAGUAUUCUUCUUGAGAAAAUAUGUGCUAUUGAGCGUAGAGCUGGGAGUCUCGGGGAGGUGCCCCAAAGCGAAGAAAACAAGGGCAGUGUGGAAGAGGAAGAUCCUGCAGAAGAGGGAAAGAGAACAAUAACAGACAAAAUGAAAAAAAAUAAGUUCGUUAAGAAGAGAAAGGCAGAAGAUCGAAUACCAAGGCUUAAAUAUAAAAACAAGGCCAGAAAGCUUGCAGAAAUGGCAGAGAUAAAGCAUGAUGGAAAUAUAGACACCAAGAAGCCAAGCUUUAAUAAAUUUGACUAG